UAUAAAGGCGUCAUAGGCUAAACUAAACUCCACGCCCUAAAAAACAAUCAGAGAUUCUAGUUUUCAUACAUCUCUCUCUCUUAAUACGAUUCUGAUUCUAUUCUUUCUCACCUACCAUUGAAAAAUUCUUCAUAGAUCUCUUCUCUAUCCAUUUUUUUUUCUCUGCCAUGGGCCACGGAACAAUGACAACACCACCGACCACCACCAUCACAUCCAAGACAACGCUCGUGUUCACGUACGGAACUCUAAAGAGAGGAUUCUCAAACCAUGUCCUGAUGCAAGAUCUGAUCAAAUCCGGCGACGCAUCUUUCAAAGGAGUCUACCAAACCCUAGACAAAUAUCCCCUCGUCUGCGGACCUUACCGUGUCCCUUUCCUCCUCAACAAGCCUGGAACGGGUCAUCGCGUCACGGGAGAGCUUUACGCGGUUUCUCCACGCGGUCUCUCGCGUCUGGACGAGCUCGAAGGUAUCACUAGAGGACAUUACGUGAGGCAAACGAUCCGUAUCGCCGCUGGUGAGAAACAAGGAGGAGAUCUUGAAACAGAACAGCAGGAGGAGUCUUAUUUGGUGGAGGCUUAUUACGCGCACAAGAGCUACGAGGAGGAGCUCUGGGAGAGGAAUAAAGGGAGGUCGUUCGGCGCGUACACGGAGAAUGAAGCGCGUGGAUAUGUCAAGCGUAAGGAUCGGCCUCAGCAUCUUACCUUCUUGGACCAUAUCCGUAUUUUUGUUUCUUCUCCAUGUGACUGA